UCGCGCAGGUAUAGACAUACAACAACAAAUAAUGUUACAGUCGCAGACAGGACAGGGAAGGGGAAAGCGAAGUUAAGAGAGAGUUCCAUGUACACUGAUUAUUGAAUAGUAUGAUAAUUUGUUUUUGGACAUAGCAAGUCUGUAGGAUUCUUCGUGCAUUUGCUUUGAGACCAUUCCGUUGAUUUAUAUUGAGUUGCGCGAGUUGAUUUGUGCUAUAUUGCAACAAGCUUCCUUUUGGAGUAAGACGGUUUUCACUACAGAGAUGGUGUUCUACAGAGAGAGAGAGAACGGGACUAGAGAGCGACCACCCCUCUCUCUUAUCCUACCACAUCUUUACCUGGGUGCAGAGACUGACGUAACGCAGGAUUGCCUCGUCCCCCGCGGGAUUUCCUACGUGCUAAGCGUCAGCCGCUGCUGCCCGCAGCCUACUUUCCUUCCUGGUUCGCAGUAUCUCCGCAUCCCGAUCGACGACUCCCUCCGAGACGACUUGCUGCCCCAUAUCCCGGAGGCAUUGCGUUUUAUCGAUGGGGCAAUGUCCUCAGGUGGAUCUGUGUUGGUUCAUUGUGCUGCAGGAAUCUCUCGCUCCCCUGCCUUGGCUGUGGCCUACAUUAUGUAUAGUUUGGAGAUGGACCUUGACCAUGCCUAUAGAUUUGUGAAAGAACGCAGGCCUUCGAUAUCACCAAACUUCAAUUUCCUGGGUCAACUGCAACAGUUCCAGAGUACCCUCACUCAGAAAGCAUCAAGCGAAGAACCCACAAUCCAGCCUAUCAGAUCGCUGGCCACAUGCCUGCACUCAACCAAUGAAAACAUUUUCCGCUGUUCCUCUGUCCCCCUGUCAGCCAAUCGGAGCAUGAAUAUUCCAGACAAUGGCUGUGUUGCCAAGGACUUUUCAGACAUUGCUAUAGUGCCCAAUAUGGACAAUGAGAUUUCCAUUUGUAACACAGGGAAUGUAGAGCAGAGGUUUUCAGGUGAAUCCCAGAGUCUGUCAGAAAAGCCACAGCAAGAUAAGAGCAGCGCAACAUCACAACUUACGCUUUCUCUCUCCAGCCAACUCAGGAUGCUCACUCUCAACCUGAACCAAAACUACAACCAGAGAGAGCCGGACAGCCUCUGCGAUCCUAAGUAUUCAAGCUUUAACGAACAGCCAACAGCAAAGCCCACCACACUACAAAUCCCAUCAGGCUUUGCAUCUCUCUCUGAGAAACGCAAGAGCCUCACCCUAUCCCUUACCCCUGUGAAUGCAAUACCCCUUACUCCCCACCAGAAUGUGCUAGAGAAUAGCAACAGGAACAGCAAUGGCAACCAGCCGACACGAUCUAGCGAUUUCAAUGUCGUCCACAAGAGGGAGUCGGGAUGCAACGGUGGUUCGAAGAUGCAGAGUAGAAAUCCUCUCAUCGGAGGCCUUUCCUCUGUGCAGAGAAACGUAAAACACCAAGAGACAAUUACAUCCUGUGUCAAAGCAGCAGUUCGUCCCAAUCGCAGCUCCUCCAGGACCCAGGCAAAGGGAGAGAGAGAGGGAAAAGACUAUGGAAAGCAAGAGCCCAGCCGUCAUCAGAUGGCAGUGAAGGGGAGGCCCAAUUUGACUCCAAAGGCUGGGAAGGACCACAGCAAGGAAAGAGUAGGUGGGCGUACACUGACAGGGAGCCUGAGCAGCGAUUCUGUUAUGAGCGGUUGCAGUACCGUAGUUGACCUGCAGGUGUCACCAUCUGCUAAACAGUCUGUAUCUGCAGUGAAGGCUGAGGAGGGGAUUGAUGCUGAACAGGGCCUAUUGUCUCCUCUUAAUCUGACUGUCAACAAGCUGCUGGGUUGGGGAGAAAAGAUGCUGCUUGGUGUGCUACUUGGCCCCCGGAUCAAAGUGGGACAGCCCGCUUUGUCCUAUAGAUGCUGAUAUGGGGAAGAGUCCACCGGGGAGGGGGGGUGUUAAACGAGGGUGUCAAGGGCAGAGUACCCCUGUUUUAGGACUGAUAAAGGCCAGGAAAUUUAAUGAAUGUGUGUUUGGGUUAAUGUGUUUGUGUACACAUUACUAUACUUGUGAGGACCAGACCUUCAAAAAGUAUAUUCAUCAAUGGAAAAUCUGGUAAAGUGAGGACAUUUGGCUGGUCUACUGUUACAUAAAAACAUAUUUAUAUAUAUUAGGAGUUACAGUUAGGUUUUGGGUUGGGAGUGUGUUUUGGUAACAGUAAAGGUUAGAUUUUAGGGUUAAAGGAAAGUAGGUUUUUUGACGUUUUUGCAUUGAGUUCGGUACGAACAGACACUGUAGCAGUACACGUCCACCAGAAACAAUGACUUAGACUGCUGGACCACCCUAGUCAACAAAAAUGUUCAAAGGGAAUACAUUUUUUCUCGCACAAAGUGCACCCAGGUAUAGUAAAAACAAGUGUGUGUUUGUUUGAGGAACUGAAGAACAGAGAACUAACUGCAUGUAUAAUAUUUAUCUGCCUAUAUCUUGUUCACAGAGGUCUGACAGAAAGCUUUGUCCUACAUGCUUAUUGUUGACUUCUUUCUAAAGAACUAUAUUUGUGUAUAACAUAUGGGAGGUUUUUUUUCUCCCUACACGAUGCACAUGGAUUAAGUGGCUGAUCACCUUGAAUCUUAUUUAUUGACAUUGAUGUUUAUCAAAUGAUCACUACUAUUGUUAUUUAUUAAAUUAAUAUUUUGCGGAUGGUAUUUUGGAACUAUGGCUUGUAAUGAAAUCACAGUGUUUAUUAAAUAAUACAUAUUUUACUUGA